GCUGGAGCGGCUGGAGCGCAGCUGCUGGGCCCCCGUGGCGUCGGGAAGGCGCCGACCUCCUCGCGCGCGCGGAGGGAUUUCGUGGACUUGAUUUUCACGUUCGGGGGCUACUGCGGGCUGCUGGGGUGGGCGGCAGGACUGGAGCUGCCCAGGGGCGCGGAGGGGCCGCUCGCCGCGGAGCAGAUCGGCGAGCAAGGCACUCAGGUCGGCAAGAGCUCGUGCCACCUUCUGGCCAGCACGACGAAGUUCACCGCGCAGAGCAUCGCGAAGCUCUGCCCGCGGGGCGAUGGCCAAGCGGAGGAGCGAGCAGGCAAGGAGCGCUUCGCGGAGGUGCUGAUCGCCUGGGACGAGCUGAUCUCCCGCCACGAACGGGCAACGGGCGAGGGGUUCACGCAGAACACGAAGACGAGCGCGAUCGUGGCUCACGCGCCCGACGACGCGAAGACCACGCUGCGGUCCGCGCAGGGGGGCGCCCGGAGCGACGCCGCGCAGAUGAGGAACUGCAUCUUGGAGGCGGUGAUCGGCCAGAGUGGUGCGAUCUCAAGGCCGCCGGCAGCAGGCAGGGGCAGCGGCGACAUGGGUGUCGACGCCAUCCCGAAGGGAGGCAAUGGCAAAGACAACAAAGACAAGUGCCACAUCUGCCACAAACCGAACAACACGGCACGAGACGGUUACUGGCGUGACAAGGGCAAAGGCAAGAGCGACGUGAAGUGUCGCGGAGCUGGAGCGGGCGGCAAGCAGGGGGUUGGCAGGGACGGCAAAGGCAAACGCAAGGACGUCUUUAUUGGGCAGUGCGACUACUGCCACCAGACGGGCAACAAGAACACUGACUGCAGGAAGCGGAUUGCAGACGAGACAGCGAAGAGCAACGCAGCGAUCGAGCAGGACAGCACGGGGCCGAAGACGGUGGCCAAGAUCGAGUUUGCCGAGUACGAGCGCGAGAUCUGCGACGACGACCAGCCCCGUUGCGUGGCGACGCGGCCAGACGACGCGGACGCGGAGUGCUGCGCUAUGGACGGCACCGCCUUCGUCGCGCUAGACACGGCGGGCGACUGCCACGUGGGCCCAACCACGUUCGGUGAGGGUUGCAGGAAGGUGGCGGACAACGGGCCGACGCUGCUGGACGCGCAGAGGCAGGAUAUAAUGAUGGACUCCAUAGCGACGGCGCCGAUGGCGGUCGACGACGACAACGAGCAGACGAAGUUGCUGCAGGCGGACUUCAGACUCGGGGACACGGCGUCGAAGCCGAUCCUCUCGCUGUUCGAGGUGAGGGGCAAGGGCGCCGAGUUCUAG